GGACCGGAAGGGGUGCCUCAACGCGGCAGUGUGACAUAGGAAGUCCCGCCUCUGCCGCGCCGCUGGCACCGCGGACGCCACCGAUCUCCGAGCCGGUCUCGGAGGGGCGGACAGAUUUGGUUCUGGAGCUGCCAUGAUUGAAGUGGUGGCUGAGCUGAGUCGAGGUCCUGUGUUUCUGGCGGGGGAGGCUCUGGAAUGUUUAGUGACUGUCACUAAUCCCCUGCCCCCGACCGCCACUUCUGCAUCCAGUGAGGCUCUGGCCUGGGCCAGUGCCCAGAUCCACUGCCAGUUCCAUGCCAGCGAGAGUCGAGUAGCCCUGCCACCCCCUGACUCCAGCCAGCCAGAUGUCCAGCCUGACAGCCAGACUGUCUUUCUGCCACACCGAGGUGAGAGGGGUCAGUGCAUCCUUUCUACUCCACCAAAAAUCCUGUUUUGUGACUUGAGGCUUGACCCUGGAGAGUCCAAAUCAUACUCCUACAGCGAAGUGCUGCCCACGGAGGGUCCACCUUCCUUUCGGGGUCAGUCGGUCAAGUACGUCUACAAACUGACCAUCGGCUGCCAGCGCGUCAACUCGCCCAUCACUUUACUCAGAGUCCCUUUGAGAGUUCUUGUGCUGACUGGUCUUCAGGAUGUCCACUUUCCCCAAGAUGAGGCUGUGGCUCCGUCCAGUCCGUUCUUAGAGGAGGAUGAGAGUGGAAAGAAGGAUUCAUGGCUGGCUGAGCUGGCUGGGGAGCGCCUCAUGGCUGCCACCUCCUGCCGCAGUCUCCAUCUAUACAAUAUCAGCGAUGGCCGAGGGAAAGUCGGGACCUUUGGUGUCUUCAAAUCUGUCUACAGACUCGGCGAGGACGUGGUGGGGACCUUAAACUUAGGGGAAGGAACUGUGGCUUGUUUGCAGUUUUCAGUAAGCCUGCAGACUGAAGAGCGCGUACAGCCUGAAUACCAGCGACGCCGUGGGACAGGAGUUGCCCCAUCAGUGUCCCAUGUGACUCAUGCCCGGCACCAGGAGUCCUGCCUACAUACAACUAGAACCAGCUUCUCUCUGCCCAUCCCUCUCUGCUCUACCCCUGGCUUCUGCACUGCCAUUGUGUCUUUGAAGUGGCGAUUGCAUUUCGAGUUUGUAACUUCCCGAGAACCAGGAUUGGUCCUUCUGCCCCCAUUGGAGCAGCCUGAACCUGCAACCUGGACAGGACCUGAGCAGGUGCCUGUAGACACCUUCAGCUGGGACCUUCCCAUCAAAGUGCUCCCUACAAGCCCCACCCUGGUCUCAUAUGCUGCCCCAGGCCCCAGCACCAGCAGUAUAACUAUCUGAAACUGGCCCACAUGCCCACCGUGGCACUAGUUUCGUCUCGAUACUGAAACUCAACACCUGGACUCGGGUGGGGCCCGCUUUUCCCACACGGGGCCCCGCAGCACAGGCGAUGAGAACCAGGCUUUCA